AUGGUCUACAACUGCCGUGUGGUUGCCGGCUUAGAAUUGCGAUGUGUGAUGCUUGGUGAUUGGAACGGUCAUGUGGGAAGCGUAAGAAAAGGAUACUGUGCGCAUGGAGGUUUUGGAGUUGGUGAUAUGAAUGCUGAAGGCGAGGCGAUAUUGGAGUUAGCAGCGAGUUGUGGGAUGGUGGUAGUGAAUACGUGGUUUAUAAAGGAAGAAAGCAAGCUUGUGACGUAUGAAUCUGGUGACAGUAGGACGGUGGUGGAUUAUAUACUGGUGAAUGAAGAAGAGAGGAAAAACGUGAAGGAUGCAAAAGUGAUUGCAGGAGAAGAAUGUGACCAGCACAAGCUGGUCAUGGACUGGAGAAUCAGGAAGGUGAAAAGGAGAAAGGUUGAGGAGAAUGGACGAAAAGCGUUGUUUAGAACUGCUAGAAGGAGCAAAAAGGAGAGGAACGAUAUUUUGGGUGCUCCCGGCGUGCAGAACCACGAUGGGGAGUUGAAGGUGUUAUUGGAAGACAGCGAACGAGGUUUUGAGGGGCUCAAAGAUGCCGAGUACAUGGAGAAAGAGUCUAGUGGUCCCGCUGUACAAAGGAAAAGGAGCAGCGACGGUAUGUGGGAAUUACAGGACUAUUAA